AUGGCGCAGCUCUUGUUCGAAUCUGUGAAUGGAUCUGCUCUUGAGGACAGUGAUGUAUUUUUAUGUGGUAAAUGCAAAAAACAGUUUUUAUCUAUUGAUGUAUUUGUAAGCCACAAAGCUGAGUGCAACAGUUCAAGUGUUAGUCCUGAGACUGAUGCUACUUUGGCUUCUAGUAAUGUGUGUGGAAUUCCCCAAAAUGCAGUUGUUGUUCAAAAUAUUCAGAUACCGUCUGCUGCACUUGCAAAUUAUCCUUCAAGUCUAGUGUUAACCGACACUGAUUUGCUGCAACUAUCUGGACUUGAUCCCAAUGUGUCAACGGGAUCCACUUCCAGUCCAAGCAUUCAAAUAGCACCUAAUCAUGCUCUUUUGCCACAAUCUUCAUUCACUUCACAAACUAUUCCAGCAACCAUACAACAUGUGUUUCAGCAAGUGACUGCACCAAACAUACAGCAGUCCCAAACUGUUGAACUAUCCAUCAUCAAUGACAAAUUCAUCUCCCGGCCAGUGAUACUAACUAGCCAACAAGCAAAUACUAUUUCAGGUUUAGUUUUCAAUAUAAGCAAUGGCUCACAGUCGCAAACUGUACUAUGCAAUGCUCCCGAGGCGGAAAAAGUUGUCAGCUUGCCAGCCCAGCCCAAUGUCCCAGAGGUAUCGGCAAGUGAUUGCGAAAAUAAUACCAAUGAUAAGGAGCCAAGUACUGUUAAUAUCAUUACUGAGUUUUACAGCAGUAUGGUUAAAACCAAAAAGCAAUCAGCUGAAGGUGAAAAUGAAGAAGAAAGUAAAAAGGAUCACAAAUUAAAAUGUUCCUACUGCUGGAAGUCCUUUAUGAAAAAUUUUGAUCUUCAGCAGCACAUACGCUGCCAUACUGGAGAAAAGCCCUUUCAGUGCAUUGUGUGUGGUAGGGCAUUUGCCCAGAAAUCUAAUGUUAAAAAACACAUGCAAACUCAUAAGGUUUGGCCAGAUGGUUUAUCAAGAACUUUGCCACCACUGCCAUCAAAGAAUAGUUUGUUAGGAAGUGAAGAUGGUGAAUUGGCAACUGGAUCUAAUAGCUCAUCUGAUGAAAGUGACCAAGGGAAAUCCAGUUCAGAAGUUGAUAAAAAUUCAUACGCUUGCCCUUAUUGCAGAUAUAUUGGUAGAAGCUAUUAUAAGCUGAAGAGCCACAUGAAACAACAUGAUACCGAAAAGGUCUACAAAUGCAUUCUCAGCAGCUGUGGUCUAAUGUUCAAUGAGCUUGAUCCAUUUCUGGAACACACGAAAUCCCACGAAAACGAAAUGACUUACAGAUGUCAUGAAUGCAACAGAAACUUCCCUUCAUUGUAUGAUCUGGGGUCUCAUCAGUUCACUCAUAGCUUAUAUCCGAGUCUUCGAUCAAGAACAAGUCGAAGAGUUUUCCGCUGUAAUUUGUGCUUAAACAAAUAUUCAACUCCUGCAGCAUUGGACCAUCAUCUUGCUACCUCUUCCCAUACUUAUUCAUGUUGUUGGUGUGAUAAAGUGUUUCCCUGUGAACGAUAUUUGCGCCGCCAUCUACAAAUCCACUCUGAAUCUGAUACUUUUACUUGUAAUAUAUGCACAAAAGGAUUCAAGACAGAAAGCUAUUUGAAAGUUCAUAUGCUUGUUCAUAGUCAAGAUAAACCUUAUGAAUGCAAUGUAUGCAAAGCUGCAUUCAACAGGAAAGAUAAGCUAAAGCGGCACCUCCUCAUUCACGAACCUGUCAAAAGGUACAAGUGCCCAUUUCGGACACGCUGCGGAUGUCCUAAGGAAUUCAAUCGACCCGAUAAAUUAAAAUCUCACAUAUUGACUCACAGUUGUGUCAAACCUUUCACUUGCAGGACAUGUGGUAAAAAUUUCACACGGAAAGCGAAUCUCCAUGAGCACAUUAAACAAAAUCAUGGGGAAGAAAAUUUGAAAUCUCUUGCAGAAGAUGAACAGCCUGAUGACAAGAACUGCUGUAACGCUUCCUCGCCAAAUUCAGUUGAAGUUAAACUCAAGUGCAACAAAUCAUUUUGUAAAAAGCAAAAAGACUUUUCUCAUAAUUUUAGAUUACACCGUCAAAAGAAAAAAACUCUUGGCUCACAAACUUUCAAAAACUAUGGCAUAAAAAGAAAAAGAGGAAGACCAAAGAAACUCUUAAGGCUGGAAGAGUUCAAUGAUGCAUCAAAAGAUCAAGACAUUGACAGUGCUCCAGAAAUAGCCGAUGAUAUACCCACGGCUCACAUUGAAAUAAUUGCAGAAAAUGGUUCAUUGGACGCUAGUGCAGAACUAGCAACUGAUAUAUCUUUAUCUCCUGAUUUAAAUUAUAAUAACCUGAAUUUUGACAGUGCUGAAGUUGAAUCUGUACAAUCCGGUGAACAAUCUUUGCAUGUAGAAAACAUGCAUUCUACGAAUACAGACUCUUUAUUAAGUACUGAUAUUCAAUCUAAUUCAAAUAUUACUGUUUACAGUUGA